UUUACACCAUCAUCAUUCUGACGAGGUGGUUGGAGUACGCUAUCAUCGCUCCACGGUUCCGCGUCCUGGUUACCAAUCGGCACAACCACCUCCGAUCAGCGCAGACGCACGGUCCCUUCGCCGCAUUUCAGAGCUUAUAUAUUAACCCGAAGCAUGUCAAGAAUCACGGAGAAUGCAGACUGUGACGACUGUAACUAUCCCGCCCACGGGGGAAAUGACACGGGAUCGCGCGUGCAUUCCACCAUGGAUGAGGACGACGAACUUCUGAGAUACAUUUGGACCGAUUACUUACACCCAAAGGAGUACGAGUGGGUUCUAAUAGUGGCUUACAUAGUUGUGUUCUUUGUCUCACUGAUCGGAAACUCGCUUGUUUGUUUUGCAGUGUGGAAAAAUCGUCACAUGCGCACAGUGACCAACUACUUCAUAGUAAACCUCUCCCUGGCUGAUGUGCUGGUCACCAUCAUUUGUCUGCCUGCGAGUCUUGUGGUUGACAUCACAGAGACUUGGUUUUUUGGUGAAACUCUUUGCAAAAUUGUCCCCUAUCUCCAGACCAUCUCAGUUUCGGUGUCCGUUUUGACACUGAGCUGUAUUGCUCAAGACCGCUGGUACGCUAUCUGUCACCCGCUUAAGUUCAAGAGCACAGCCAAGAGGGCUCGCAAAAGUAUCAUUGCUAUCUGGGUGGUGUCGUGCAUCAUCAUGAUACCACAGGCCGUUGUGAUGGAGUGCAGCAGCCUGCUGCCUGAACUUACAAACAAAACCAGCCUGUUCACAGUCUGUGAUGAACACUGGGGAGCUGAGGUCUACCCAAAAGUCUACCACACUGGCUUCUUCAUUGUCACAUAUUUUGCUCCAUUAUGUCUCAUGGUCCUGGCUUAUAUUCAGAUUUUUCACAAGCUGUGGUGCCAACAGAUUCCUGGAAACACAUCGGUGAUUCAGAGGAAUUGGAGGACUAUCCAGUGCUCGGCUCCAAGUUCAGGAUCGGGAGAGUCUGGAGGGGUGAAGACGAGCACAGUUUCCGCUGAGAUCAAACAAAUCAGAGCCAGACGCAAAACAGCUCGCAUGCUGAUGGUUGUGCUCUUUGUGUUUGCUCUCUGCUACUUACCGAUCAGUGUGCUCAAUAUCCUGAAACGGGUUUUUGGCACCUUUAAGAACACAAAUGACCGAGAAACAAUAUAUGCAUGGUUCACUUUUUCACACUGGCUAAUAUACGCAAACAGUGCAGCAAAUCCUAUCAUCUAUAAUUUUUUGAGUGGGAAGUUCCGCGAGGAGUUUAAAUCAGCAUUUUCUUGCUCUUGUUACGGGCAACAGCCAGACAACAACACGAGGAUGAGGACGAGAGCAAACAGAGACAGCCGAAAGUCCAUGUCAACCCAAGUUAAUAAUGUGGACAACUUGUCACGGCUGUCAGACCAGAUUGUGUAGACAUUAAAUACACGUAAGAGGUUUAAAUAUCCAUCUCAAGGACAUGGAGAUGGCAAAGAAUCACACUGAAGAAUGUUAAAAACUCUCUAAGUACUUGUUACAAAAGAGUCGAUGGGAUAUUAGUGAACAUUUUCAAAGAGCUUUAAGAAAUUAUUUUUUGGAGACUGUGAUCAAAUCUGUUUAAUUUUAAAAGAUGGAUUUCUAUAAACUGUAAAUGACACAACAUUAAUGUUCAGUGUUUGUUUUGUUUUGCUACACGCAUAAAUAAGAUAAACUAUUUUCCAUAUUUAAACAAAAAUAUAUUUUGUUUCAGCAAUCAAUGUAUUUAUUUACUUAUUUAAUUAUUUAUGCUGCUCUAGUAGAGGAGUUGUGGCUGAAAAGAUCAAGUCCCUUGUUGCUCAUAGAACCUCAAUGAGUUUUGCUGGUAAAAGACUGCAAAUGUGAGAUAAGAUUGACUGAAAAUAUGAAAAAAAAAUGUAAAGGUAAUAAAUAAUUACAAUUCCCAAAUUACAGUAUUAGUAGUGGUGGUAAACUUUGUUAACAGCAAUAUUAAAGUUCACCUUUUAGCCAGAACAUGCAAACCACAGAAGUCAAAUUUUUGAAUCUUAAUCUAUGUAAAAUGGCAAUUUCCUACUUUAUGGGAAUAAUAUUUUGUGUGAAUGCUUCAGGGUAUUUUAAGGUAGUCUUAUUAAUUUAUUGUGUGAGCAUGAGAAUGUAUCCCCCAGAAAAGUAUGUCAGGCUGCUAUAGAAAGAAAAAUCUAUUAGCAGGCAGGUAGCAGGGUAAACGUAUUUACACCCACUGAAGCGUGCAUAUUUUCAAACCAAAAGGAAAAUUAUAUGUUUUUCAAAUAUGUCUUUGUUUAAAAAAAUUGGAAGGUGGUUAGAGAACAUAAACCAAAAGCUUCAUGAAAAUCAGGGACAAAGUAUGAAGGUCAUGUCUAACAUUUAAAAUUUUAUCCUAAACCUACUAAGACAUGGCAGUUUAUUUAAACUUACAUAGGUCCAGAUUGUGUAGAGCAUUAUUAUUAUGUUUUAUUGUUCCAAGGUAAAAGACGUUUUCUGUCAGGAAACAUUUUACAAAAAUUAGUGUAAAAAAAAAUCUAGUGAAGGAUUGAUUGUCAUGCAUCGUUUUGUUCUUAGGGAUAUUACACAAAUUCCCAAAAUAAUUAAAUGAAUUAUUGCUUAAUCAAUGUUAUUCAGUAUUGCAAUCACUGCAUCUGUUGAAAUGUCAACAGGUUACAACAAUCAUGUUGUAAUCAAAGAAAACAAAGAUGAAAAUUGGCUUCGAAGCCUCUGCUUUAUGUCUGUUCAUUGACUUGUGCUGGACUGUGUUUCUGACCAGCUAAACUAUUCAAGGUUUCCUUUGUUGAAAGUAAUUGUGGACACUAUUGGUGUUUCUUGUUUGUUUUGUAUUUAUUAUUGUGAUUAUUUUUGCAAUGUUAAAGUUAUACGUUUGAAAAAAAUAAUUUAACAUUUUGAUCAUCUAAUUGAAAACUAUCGAGUUUUGAUGUUACUGCAAAAAAAAAAAAAGUUUGCAAUAAUUUGAAGCAUUACGGUGUUGAGCUUCAUUUAUUUAAACAAAUGAUUUUGCUUCUUCCAUGCAGAUGUACCUUCUUACUUGGUUUAAAAUGUUGUGUCUUGUUUUUGUUUCUUAUUGUUUGUGAUCUAAACAGGGAUAUUGUGGUUGUUAAUUUGUUCUAUGGGUUUUUUAAACAUUCUUCAUUACAGUUGACAUCUGCAAUCAAAGUGCUUAAACUGUAUGUGAUUGAUCAAUAAAUUAUUUUUUCAGUGUGCAAUAUA